UAAGCGGAUAACACGGCGCAAAAAGACAUUCAGCUUAAGAGAGGAAAUGACGGACAAAUAUUAUCGACUAGUUACCAUUUUGGUUAACAUAUGUCCUAAUCCUCUGCGGGAAUUAUUUUUGAAACAGGCAGCCACAGACCCUAAUCUCCAAACACCAUACACUACAUUAGAUGCUUAUUUAGCGUUCAGGAGAAACGAUAUCAAUAAACUUACCCAAAAACCAAAAUGCCUUCUACAAAAUUAUCAAUUUGAUUUGUUAUUCCCAUCUGGUGGCAAAGGUCAAACAGAUAUCGGCGCAUGGGAUGUGACAUUGUUAAUUUCUCUGUUGAAAAACAUUUUUAACGUAGCUCAAAGUGACCUUAUUUGUAUCGAAAACAUUAGAAAUAUAAGAAAUGACCUCCAACAUAUUGCAGGUACCUGUCAAAUAACAGAACAAGAUUUUAAGAAUAUAUAUACAGCCUUAAGUGCGAACAUUUUACAAUUAGCAUUAUCUGCUAAAGGUCAAUGUUAUGAAAAAAAGAUUAAACAAGAUAUUGAAGAGGUACAAAGUUCUGUAUUAACAGAUCUAGGGGAUGUGCUAAGGUCAUGGUACAUGAGCAAAAUCGUAAAAUUGGAAGCAAAGAUAGAACACCUUAAGGAUCAGAUAGGUGAAAUAAAACAAGAUACAGGCAAAACCAAGAAAACUUUGAAGAAAACCACUGUCAAGCGAACACGAGCCGGGGGUAAAUUAACGAAACGCUUCAAAACUAUUGAUCAUAUACUUGAAAAUAUGAGAGAAAACUUUGCGUCUUUACUAACGAAGAAACUUGACAGCGACUUUACACCUCCGCCAGAAAAUGCAAAGAUCAUUGCAGAAAUCGAAGAUAAUCACCUUGUGGUCGUGUCAGGAUACGGCAAAGGUCUGUAUCUUCAAGCGGCGCUUUAUGCUAUUAAUAGCAAGGGAUAUGAGGAGCACGAUUGCAUCCUAUGUUCACGUCCCACAGACUGGCGCCAUAUUGGUAAGGAAGAUGCCAAGUUAGUUGUGUUCCUUCACCCAUUUGGCAAGGGUACAUUUGAUUUACAGAAAGCAAAAGAUUUUCGUUCAAUUGUGGAUAGCAUUGUUGAAACAACGUCCUCUAGCGACAAUGAUGAUGUGCUGGAUGUUGUCAUAAUACUGGACCAAUCAAUUUUAGUUGAAUGGAAACGACAUUUCAGUCAUGAUAUGAUGGAACAACCAAUCCUUGUCUACAAACCAACCACUGUAGACACACCUGUUGACCUUAUUGAAGGUGAAUUCAAUAUGUCAAAUGUUGAAGCAGAUCCACGCUACGAAAAUUUACUCGUUCAAUCAAUUGCCUACAAUAAACAUCAUAGAGCAAAGAUGGCAGAUGAACAUUUUCUAGAAAGCGCAUUGGCAGAAUUCCGCUCUAAGAAGGUAAUCGUAAUUUCCGGUCCGCGUGGCAGUGGCAAAACAACGCUUGCUCUCUCCCUUCUGUCGUCAUAUCAAGAUGGUCAUUAUCUCAUACUAACAGAACCGGAUGAUCUCAGCUGUGUCAGAUUUGGUGUUACCUGUGUUGUGAUCAUCGAAGAUCUUGGGGGAAAGUACACGUUUGAAAUGUCCGUCAUUCAAAAGUGGUUGCGGAAAUUUGAUAUGCUCUACUCGGCAGUCAAAGAUGGCAAAUUAAACGUGAUCAUCACAUGUCUAACAGACCGGUUGAUUUCAUGCGUUCACGAUUCGAAGCAUCCAAUGCUGGAAACUGUCAUUGAAUUACCAAAAGAUUUGUCUGUUGAAAUCAAGAAAGAGUCAUUGACAGAUGGUAAUUCCGUAAUGUAUGCUGGAAUAAGUACGAACACAUCAUCCUAUAACAGAGUAAAGAAGAUCCAAACGCAUACAUUUAAAACCCCUGAAAAUGUGAAAAUUUGCUACGCGACAGAAUGUUGUCAACAUCCAGAUGGAUCAUUUCUCUAUUUAGCCAUAAUACGAGUAUCAUCAUUUUAUGAGAAUGAAGAUGAUUCCAUCUGUACAUCUCAGAUAUGUAAAUAUGUUAUUAUUCAUAUCAGUUCAGACUUUGAAUACAAAUGUUACUACAAUACUGGUAUAAAAGAAAACUAUAAUUCUACAAAACAUAUCUGCUGUACUGAUACUGGGGAUGUGGUGAUGUAUGUGAAAAGAAAAUUAAGAUUGUACAGAAUAUCAAGCGGAAGACUUCAAUUCAUCAAAUCUACAGAUAUGAAGUUUGAGUGCACAAAUAUUUCCUUCUUCAAGAAUAAGAUUUACUGUUUUACUAAAAUGAAAUCAUUAAUUCUAGAUACAAAUCUGAAUAAAAAGAAAGGAGUAGAACGAGAUGACAUUUCUGUAAAAUAUACUUUACCAUGUUCAUUACAAAAGUACAUUAGUAUUUCUGAAUCAGAUUGUGUCGAGUAUCAUAUCCUAUGUGAGGAUUCCAGACUUAAGCAACUUAAAUAUUUUAGAAAGGAAGGAUUUCUACCUCUUUGUAUGUGUGCUGCUACUGAGAACAGUGUAUUCUUAUUUGGGACACAGGAUGACGACUACAAGAUCUUACAGGUGAACACCGACAUGACGGUCAUCUCAGAAAUAUGUAUGGACGAAAAUGAGAUGGGCUUGAUUGAUAUGUGGGAUGUAGAUAAAAUGGUAUUUGACAAAGAUAAUUCCAGAUUAGUCAUAACAUUUAUUGAUGACGAUGACGAUGACGAGUUUGUAAUGUUUCAUACAAUAUACUUAGAGUGAACUGAUUAUAUACCAUUGUUCCAUGUAUAUUUUUUCUCAAACUUAGACAGUCUAUGCAGUUGCACUGUACUCACCUGCUUUUUUCAUAUUCAUAAACAAAAAGAUGAUUUUAAUUUCCUCAUAUUUUAUACUUCAAUAAAAUGUUUUCUUUUACAAACAUGCUAUAGGAAAACUGUGAAGAAACAUUAUUUCAUAAUCUAUAGAUUACUCUAUAUUUUACAAUUUAUUAAAAUCAAAUUAUCUCAACAAAUAAAUGGUGUGUAAAACUGGAUAAAUCACAAUAUAGUCUGUCCCACCACUUUUAAAAAAAUUAUGUUUUAUUAAAUUUAAUAGUAAACACUUCUAACUUAUGUUAACCCUUGAGUCAGUGUCUCUGUGCAUGUUUUCACUUUUUUUUAAAA